AUGGCGCCGGCAUCACUUCUCGAUCUCAUCGACUCUUUGGGGUCGACGGACACGUGGGGUCCACCGACCACCACCGAGACUACCCUCCAUGGCGUUCCCUAUGCGCCCUUCAGCAAAGGCGACAAGCUAGGUCGCAUGGCCGACUGGACCAGCGAGGGCAAGGAACGGGAAGGACGCGGCGGAAGACAACAGUACAACCAGAGGUAUCGCGAUCAGAUCUACGGCGCUGGCCCCGGUGGUCUGCAGACGGCAUUUGCUAUCGAGGGCACCAACGAGGAGAGCUCCUUCUCCCUUGUCGAUCGAUCGCAAACAUCAGCCCGCUCGCGUGGAUUUGGUGGACGAGGAGGUACCUUCACACGUGGUCGUGGUGGUCAGCGCGGCGGGCCUAACCAGCGCGGCGGACGUGGCACCUUCCAGCGCGUGGGCGGUGGACGUGGCGGACAGCAGGGCUUCAACGACCGUGGUGGACGGGGAGGAGGUCGACGCGGUGGACGAUUCGGAUGGAAGGAUUGGGACAAGCCACAGCGCAACCGUGAGGCAUCAGUGCAACCCAAGGACUCAUGGCGCAUGCUGGAAGAGAUUGACUUCAACCGUCUGGGCAAGCUCAAUCUCGAUACUGGCGAGGGCGAGGACCUGGAGGACUAUGGCUUCCUCUACUACUACGACCGCGCAUACGACAAGCAGCCGGGAGCACCACAGUCUUCCAAGAAGCUCACAGUGCUCGACCGUGCGGCCUACAACGUUUCCACAUCGUCGGAUCCCGUCAUCCAGGAGCUGGCUGACCGUAACGAGGCAACUAUUUUCGCCACUGACAACAUCCUUUCCAUGCUCAUGUGUGCUCCGCGAUCUGUCUACUCGUGGGACAUCAUCAUGGUCAAGCAGGGUGGCAAGAUCUUCAUUGACAAGCGCGAUGGCUCUUCCCUCGACAUGGUUACCGUCAWCGAGAACGCUGCCGAUGCUCCUCUUGAGCUGAGCGAGGGUAACAAGGAUCAGAUCAACUCGCCUGGUGCUUUGAAGGAGGAGGCCACUCACAUCAACAACGUUUUCCCCACGCAGGUUGUGCUCGAGUCAGAAACCUCUCGCCACGAUAUGCCCAACGAGCACCCCUUUUACAACGCGGCGGAAGAGACGGAUCCUCCAGCGUCCAAGUCUUACAAGUACCGUCGCUUCGAUCUUUCCCUCGAAGCCGACGCCGAGCCACUCCACCUCAUUGUGCGUACCGAGUUGGACGCGGUGGUGAAGAACAGCAUCAGUGGCGAGGAUCAAUACCUCACCAUCAAGGCCCUCAACGAGUUCGACAACAAGGCUCAAGGUUCGGGUGGUGCGCUCGACUGGAGAACCAAGUUGGCUUCUCAGCGUGGUGCUGUUGUUGCGACGGAAAUGAAGAACAACUCCUGCAAGCUUGCGAGAUGGACAACGCAGAGCAUUCUGGCCAAGGCCGACUUGAUGAAGCUUGGAUUCGUCUCUCGUACCACACCAAAAUCUACCACCGAGCACGUUAUUCUAGGUGUCUUGGGUUACAAACCUAGGGAGUUUGCGACACAGAUGAACCUCAACCUUAACAACGGAUGGGCCAUUGUGCGAACCUUUGUGGACAUGGUCCGGAGGGAUGGCGACGGCGACGGCAAGUAUGUGCUURUCAAGGAUCCUAACAAGCCAACCAUUCGGUUGUACCAGGUGCCAAAGGACACCUUUGAGGAGGACGAAGGUGAAAUGGAGUUGGGAAGCGUCGUUGAGGACGAGUAG